UGCCAAGUGAUGUACUGCAUCAACUAAAAUAUAAAGAAAUGAGUCAUAACAAAAAGUAAAGCGCCACUAAUACUUCAAAAAUUGAAGAAGGUCAACUGUCAGAUGUCAAAUCGAACGUUACCUCGAUGUUUGACCUGGUUUGACGGUAAGACCUAACCUUACUUUAUUGUUUAUGGAGGGAAAUUUUGUAUGAAUUUGUAUUUGUUGAAACAUAAAUCACAUCUCAAUUAUGGAAGCAAUGGAAAUAGACGACACCCCACAACCAGGACCUUCAAAAGAACCAACCACCUCUGGUGCUAGCAAAAAACCAGAUAAUCUACCAUGGAUAGAAAAAUAUCGCCCUCAAACAUUUCAGGAAAUAGUAGGCAACGAAGACACAACAAAACGAUUGUCAGUAAUAGCCAAACAAGGCAAUUUACCAAACGUGAUCAUUGCUGGUCCUCCUGGUGUGGGCAAAACAACCACUAUCCUCUGCUUAGCUAGAAUUCUCCUGGGCCCGUCAUUCAAAGAAGCAGUUCUUGAGUUGAACGCCUCAAAUGAUCGAGGAAUUGACGUCGUGAGGAACAAAAUCAAAAUGUUUGCCCAACAAAAAGUGACACUGCCAGCAGGGCGCCACAAAAUUAUAAUUUUAGAUGAAGUUGACAGUAUGACCGAAGGCGCUCAGCAAGCCCUGAGACGCACAAUGGAAAUCUACAGCAACACCACUCGUUUUGCCUUGGCUUGUAAUUACAGCGAAAAAGUGAUAGAAGCCAUACAAUCGCGGUGUGCUAUUCUUCGGUAUUCUCGCCUUACAGAUGCUCAAAUUCUAGCAAGAACUCUGCAAGUGUGCCAAAAAGAGAAUGUAGAGUAUGUUGAGGAUGGACUAGAAGCUAUAGUUUUCACAGCGCAGGGUGAUAUGAGGCAAGCGCUUAAUAAUCUUCAAUCUACUUAUAAUGGUUUUGGGAUUAUUAAUGCCGCAAAUGUGUUUAAAGUGUGUGAUGAGCCUCAUCCUAUGCUUAUUAAGGAUAUGCUCAACAGUUGUAUUAGUGGUGAUGUGAGAAAAGCAUAUAAGAUUGUUGAUCAUUUGUGGAAUUUGGGAUAUGCAGCAGAGGAUAUAAUUAAAAAUAUUUUUAAAGUGUGUAAAAAUAUGGAUAUUGACGAGCCUUUGAAACUCGCUUUUAUUAAACAAAUUGGCGUUACACAUAUGAGGAUUGUUGAUGGAUUGUGUUCUUUAGUGCAGAUGUCUGGACUAAUCGCAAGACUGUGUAUGGAGGCUCAAGGGGUGAAAAAGUGAUAAUUUUGUUGUUCAUUAUGGUCGUCGAUUUUUUUGUAUUGGUAUUAUAGACUCUCAUUAA